AAGAGAGAGAGAAAGAGAGAGGGAGAGGAGAGGAGGGAGAGGGAGAGAGAGAAAGAAAUCGAAAGGAGAAGUGAAGCAGUAGAAGAGGAGAAGAUAGAAAACCGACCUCCAAAAGUAAAAACCGGUGAAAAAAAGGUCUCUUCUCUUCACUGCAGAGAGUUUGCUUUUCAGUGUAACUCGGUUAUAUGUGAAAAUGAUAUGACAUAAAUGCCAACAUACUGCAAAGUGGUACAAUGGCUGUUGAUGCUUGCAUAAAACCUAAAAUUAUUGAUGAUGACGAUGAUGAUGAGGGACCUGCUGUUUUCAAAAGGAACAACACAGCAUCCAGGAAAAACCAAGUAAACUCAGAGUUAAAGAAGGCGUCAUCUCAAAGAAAUGAUGGAUCAUCUGGAAAGCAUGUCUCUGGUUCAUUAUCUCCAAAUGGUCAAAACUCAAGCUUACAAAAGGGUAAAGCAGUUUCAAAGACAUCGGCAGGGAAGCCAACUGCAGCAAGUUCAAAUGCAUCAACUUCAAUAGCUGAUAAAUCAAGAUGUUCUCCACAAAAGAAUUUGGCUAUUAAUAAUAUGCAGAAGCAGCAGUUGAAUAAACCUUGCAAUGGGCCAAAAGAAGAUCCUGAUGAUUCGGAUGAUGAUAAGCCACUAAGUUUUAGACUUGCAACUUCUGGAUCAUCGCUAAAGAUCAAGUCACAGCCUGGUACAAAGGGUCAUGGUUCACCUGUUCCUAGUUCAUUGCAGAUGGAUAAGACAAAGAUAACCUGUAAGAAAUCUUCUGCAGAUUCAGAAGAUGAAAUUCCAUUGUCAUCGAAAUUUCAGCUGAAGACGAAUGUUGGGUCAUCUGUUAAGAAGUAUGAUUCAGAUGAAGAGAAACCUUUGAUUUUCAAGUUUCAGCAAAAUGGUUCCAGCAAGAAGGACAAUGAAUUGUCAAAGUCCCUCAAAAGUUUGAACAAGAGACCUAUGAGUGAUGUCAAUACAUCAGGUCAAUCUUUAGUUAAAAAGCCGAAACUUUCAGAGUCUAUUCCUGCCAAAGUUAAGCAAGCACCUAUAAAAUCAGAACCAAAAGAGGAUGAUGAAGAUAAUAUUCCUAUUUCUCAGAGGUUGAAAAAGUCUGCUCCUUCAGAUAAUAAAUCAUCAUCCACAAAGAAAACAACCACAAAAGUUGUUUCCUCCUCGUUCAAGAAAACAAGCAAAAAGUUGAAGAAAGAUAAAUAUUCCAAGUCAACAAAGGUGCCGCCCAGCUCUGGUGAAGGGCAGAAAUGGACUACCUUGGAACACAAUGGUGUUAUUUUCCCUCCUCCAUACAAGCCCCAUGGGGUUAAGAUGCUAUACAAUGGGCAACCUGUUGACUUGACUCCUGAACAGGAAGAGGUAGCAACAAUGUUUGCAGUGAUGAAAGAUACAGAAUAUGCAACCAAACAGAAAUUCGUAGAGAACUUCAUGAAUGAUUGGAAAGUGAUACUUGGGAAAAAUCAUGUAAUUAAGAAAUUUGAGCUAUGUGAUUUCACACCUAUUUAUGAAUGGCACCAAAGGGAAAAAGAAAAGAAAAAGCAAAUGAGUGCAGAGGAAAAGAAGGCACUGAAAGAAGAGAAAUUAAAACAAGAGGAAAAGUACAUGUGGGCUAUUGUUGAUGGUGUCAAGGAAAAGGUUGGAAAUUUCAGAGUUGAACCACCUGGCUUAUUUCGAGGCCGUGGCGAGCAUCCAAAGAUGGGAAAGUUGAAACGACGCAUACGUCCAAAUGAUAUCACAAUAAACAUUGGAAAGGGUGCCCCAGUUCCCGAAUGCCCAAUUCCUGGUGAAAGAUGGAAGGAAGUAAAGCAUGAUAAUACUGUUACAUGGUUAGCAUUUUGGAAUGACCCAAUUAAUCCAAAGGAAUUCAAGUACGUCUUCUUGGCAGCUAGUAGUUCCUUGAAAGGGCAAAGCGACAAGGAGAAAUAUGAGAAGGCAAGGUUACUGAAGGACUACAUUAAGGAUAUCAGAGCAAAUUAUACAAGAGAUUUUUCGAGUAAAGACAUCGCCAAGCGUCAGAUAGCUGUUGCCACUUAUCUUAUUGAUAAGCUGGCUCUAAGGGCAGGCAAUGAGAAGGACGAUGAUGAGGCCGAUACGGUUGGUUGCUGUACACUAAAAGUAGAAAAUGUUGAAUUAAUCCCUCCAAACAAGUUACAGUUUGACUUCCUUGGUAAAGAUUCCAUUAGAUAUUUCAACACUGUUGAAGUUGAGCUUCCUGUGUAUAAAGCAAUUGGACAAUUCAAAGAAGGAAAAAAGGAGGGGGAAGAUCUUUUUGACAAGCUAGAUACCAGUAAGCUGAAUGCUCAUUUGAAGGAACUCAUGCCUGGUCUCACAGCCAAAGUUUUUCGUACAUACAAUGCGUCAAUCACUUUAGAUGGGAUGUUGAAUAAAGAAACCAAGGAUGGUGAUGUUGCAGAAAAAAUUACUGUAUAUCAACAUGCAAACAAAGAAGUUGCAAUCAUAUGCAACCAUCAACGUAGUGUCUCGAAGUCCCACAGUGCUCAAAUGAAUAGAUUGGAUGAUAAAAUCAAGGAGCUAAAGGAAUUGUUGGAUGAACUCAAAACGGACUUGGCUAGAGCAAAGAAAGGGAAGCCCCCUUUGAAGGGUGCUGAUGGGAAGCCAAAGAGGAACUUGACCCCUGAAGCGUUGGAGAGGAAAAUUGCCCAGGCAAAUGCUAAGAUUGAGAAAAUGGAAAGGGAUAAACAGAUCAAAGAGGAUCUAAAGACCGUGGCACUGGGCACGUCGAAGAUAAACUAUCUUGAUCCAAGGAUAUCCGUUGCAUGGUGCAAGCGCCAUGAAGUCCCCAUUGAGAAGAUAUUCAACAAGUCUCUUCUCGCCAAAUUUGCUUGGGCGAUGGACGUAGAUCCCAGCUUUAGAUUCUGACGCUUGGUUUGGUUAUGCUUGCUCGAGAUUUCCCCCAAGAUCGGCCACACCUUUUCCAUUGAGAUCUUCACAUUUUUUUCUUUUAUUUUCAAGCGGAAAAUUCAAUAUUGUUUUUAUGGAUCAAUCAUACAUAUUUUAAUGGGUGUGAUUGCCCCAGGCCCGGCCCCCCACACUUCUUUUUAUUAAUGUAAGGGCCAUGAGAAAAAUCGGUCAAGGCAAAAGAUGUCCGUUGAGAUCUCUGAUUUUCAACAUUGUAUGGUCAUCAAUUCAGAUGUUUCAUGGACAUGGAAAUUGUUUGAGCACAUGGUUGAUC